GCUGGGCUGGCGGAGCAGAGGUGCAGAAGCAACUGAGUCCAAGUGCAAGGGCAGCAUCGGCCAGGUGUCCAUCGGCGCGUGUCUGAGUGGACCCGUCUAUAGCCAUCCUCAGUGUGUGUGUGCAGUUCCUUGCAUCUCUGUCAGCCUGGCAUGCAUGCCGGGCUCUGUGUGUGUGUGUGUGUGUGUGUGUGUGUGUGUGUGUGUGUGUGUGUGCUGAAUGCCAGGGCUGUGUCUGUCCAGGUGUGUGUGGACAGCAGCAGAGGCAUUGCAUGCAUGCCUUGGGAACUAUGUGAGUGCCAGCCCAUCCCUGUGGGCACAGGGGUCCCCGUGCCUGUCUGUGUGUUCAGGGUCCUGUCUGGGUGUCUGUAUGAGUCUCUGCUGUGUGUGCCUGCCCCUUCUGGCUGGGGCUACAUCUGUCACAUUUCAUCCCCGCGAUUGGAUGUGUCUGUGCAUGUGUCUCUGUCCGUGGGAAGAGGGUGGUGAAGGCUGGGAAAAGCAAUUGCUUGGAAACCCUGGCUCCAACCCCAAGGCAACCCACGGAGCAACAGGGUGCCAGGGGCUCGCUAGCUCCCACCCUGAGCCUUCUUGGCCCUGCUCAAAGCCCAGCCAGGAGUGCCUGACCCCUUUCUUACUCCCCACCUACCCUGAAAGCCCCCCUCAGGCUAAAGCACCCUCUCCCCGAGGGAACAGGACUCUUUUGUACCGGGGACCCGCUUCUGGUUGUCUGGCAGCUUCAGGUGGACCCAGAAGACAUCCCCAACUCAGGGAGAUUCAGCGAUCACUCACUCGCUGUACACAAUGAUAUUCCUCACGGCACUGCCUCUGUUCUGGAUUAUGAUUUCAGCUUCCCGAGGGGGUCACUGGGGUGCCUGGAUGCCCUCGUCCAUCUCGGCCUUCGAAGGCACGUGCGUCUCCAUCCCCUGCCGCUUUGACUUCCCGGAUGAGCUGCGGCCCACAGUGGUGCAUGGUGUCUGGUACUUCAAUAGCCCCUACCCCAAGAACUACCCGCCGGUGGUCUUCAAGUCGCGCACCCAAGUAGUCCACGAGAGCUUCCAGGGCCGCAGCCGCCUCCUGGGGGACCUGGGCCUGCGAAACUGCACCCUCCUGCUCAGCAACGUCAGCCCCGAGCUGGGUGGGAAGUACUACUUCCGUGGGGACCUGGGCGGCUACAACCAGUACACCUUCUCAGAGCACAGCGUCCUGGAUAUUAUCAACACCCCCAACAUCGUGGUGCCCCCAGAGGUGGUGGCAGGCACGGAAGUGGAGGUCAGCUGCAUGGUGCCGGACAACUGCCCAGAGCUGCGCCCUGAGCUGAGCUGGCUGGGCCACGAGGGGCUGGGGGAGCCCGCUGUGCUGGGCCGGCUGCGGGAGGACGAAGGCACCUGGGUGCAGGUGUCGCUGCUGCACUUCGUGCCCACGAGGGAGGCCAACGGCCACAGGCUGGGCUGCCAGGCCUCCUUCCCCAACACCACCCUGCAGUUCGAGGGCUACGCCAGCCUGGACGUCAAGUACCCCCCGGUGAUUGUGGAGAUGAACUCCUCGGUGGAGGCCAUCGAGGGCUCCCACGUGAGCCUGCUCUGUGGGGCUGACAGCAACCCCCCGCCGCUGCUGACCUGGAUGCGGGACGGGACAGUCCUCCGGGAGGCGGUGGCCGAGAGCCUGCUCCUGGAGCUGGAGGAGGUGACCCCCGCCGAGGACGGCGUCUAUGCCUGCCUGGCUGAGAAUGCCUAUGGCCAGGACAACCGCACCGUGGGGCUCAGUGUCAUGUAUGCACCCUGGAAGCCGACGGUGAACGGGACAAUGGUGGCCGUAGAGGGGGAGACGGUCUCUAUCUUGUGCUCCACACAGAGCAACCCGGACCCUAUUCUCACCAUCUUCAAGGAGAAGCAGAUCCUGGCCACAGUCAUCUACGAGAGCGAGCUGCAGCUGGAGCUGCCAGCCGUGUCGCCCGAGGAUGAUGGAGAGUACUGGUGCGUGGCUGAGAACCAGUAUGGCCAGAGGGCCACAGCCUUCAACCUGUCUGUGGAGUUCGCCCCUGUGCUUCUCCUGGAGUCCCACUGCGCGGCAGCCCGAGACACGGUGCAGUGCCUGUGCGUGGUGAAGUCCAACCCGGAGCCGUCCGUGGCCUUUGAGCUGCCGUCGCGCAAUGUGACCGUGAACGAGAGCGAGCGGGAGUUCGUGUACUCGGAGCGCAGCGGCCUCGUGCUCACCAGCAUCCUCACGCUGCGGGGGCAGGCCCAGGCCCCGCCCCGCGUCAUCUGCACCGCGAGGAACCUCUAUGGCGCCAAGAGCCUGGAGCUGCCCUUCCAGGGAGCCCAUCGACUAAUGUGGGCCAAGAUCGGGCCUGUGGGCGCCGUGGUCGCCUUUGCCAUCCUGAUUGCCAUCGUCUGCUACAUUACCCAGACACGCAGGAAAAAGAACGUGACAGAGAGCCCCAGCUUCUCGGCAGGGGACAACCCUCCCGUCCUGUUCAGCAGCGACUUCCGCAUCUCUGGGGCACCAGAGAAGUACGAGAGCGAGAGGCGCCUGGGAUCUGAGAGGAGACUGCUGGGCCUUCGGGGUGAACCCCCAGAGCUGGACCUGAGCUAUUCUCACUCGGACCUGGGGAAACGGCCCACCAAGGACAGCUACACGCUGACGGAAGAGCUAGCUGAGUAUGCUGAAAUCCGGGUCAAGUGAAGGAGCUGGGGGCAGCCUGCGUGGCUGACCCCCCUCAGGACCCUCGCUGGCCCCCACUGGCUGCGGGCUCCCUUCCUCCCAAAAGUAGCGGGGGCUGGGGCAGGAGGGGAAUGAGGCAGGUGACAGUGAGGUCCUGGGGGCCUGACCUCCCCCUCCUUCCCAGCUGCCCCUCCCUGCCAGCACCCCCACACCCUCAUUAAGGCUCCUCUCUAACCUCCUUUACCCUCAUCUGUCUGGAGGGGAGCUCUGUCUGUCCGUGUUAUUUAUUGCUACUUCCUGCCUGGUCUCCUGCCCCCACACCUGGCCCUGGGGCCUGUACAAAAGGGACAUGAAAUAAAUGCCCCGAAGCCAAA